CGUGUGCCGCCCGGCCUGCGGAGGCACAGUGUGAGUGUGCGCCAGCUGCACGGGCCCAGCAGCUCCCCCGCCAGCGAGCACUACAAAGUGCUGGUGGUGGGAGGAGGGAGUGGAGGAAUCACCAUGAGCGCUCGCAUGAAGAGGAAGGUCGGGGCACAGAAUGUGGCCGUCAUUGAGCCUAGUGAGAAUCAUUACUACCAGCCGCUCUGGACUCUGGCUGGCGCUGGAGCGAAAAGCAUCGGGUCCUCGCGGCGGUCCACUGCCAGCGUGGUGCCCUCGGGGGUGAAGUGGAUCAAGUCCCGAGUGCAGGAGUUCAGCCCCGACCAGAACCGCAUCCGCACUGACGACGGCAAAGAGAUAUCGUAUCAGUAUAUGAUUGUGGCUCUUGGACUCCAGCUGCAUUAUGAAAAGAUCAAGGGCUUGCCCGAGGGGUUUGAGCACUCCAGGAUUGGCUCCAACUACUCCGUGGACAAAGUGGAGAAGACCUGGAGGGCCCUGCAGGACUUCAGGGAGGGCAACGCCAUCUUCACCUUCCCCAACAGCCCGGUCAAGUGUGCCGGGGCCCCGCAGAAGAUCAUGUACCUCUCCGACGCCUAUUUCCGCAAGACAGGAAAACGACCCAAAGCCAACAUCAUUUACAAUACUUCCCUGCCUGUGCUGUUUGGGGUAAAGAAAUACGCUGAUGCCUUGUGGGAUAUUGUGAAGACUCGGGAUCUGAAUGUGAACCUCAGACAUAACCUCAUUGAGGUCAGGGCGGACAAAAAGGAAGCGGUGUUUGAAAAACUAGACAACCCCGGAGAAACUGUGGUUUUAGAGUAUGAAAUGCUCCAUGUUACACCUCCAAUGGGGCCCCCUGAAGUUCUGAAGGGCAGCCCCCUGGCAGACGAAGGAGGGUGGCUUGAUGUCGACAAGGACAUGCUGCAGCACAAGAAAUAUCCCAACGUGUUUGGGAUUGGAGACUGUACUAAUCUCCCGACAUCAAAGACGGCAGCUGCAGUAGCUGCCCAGUCUGCUGUUCUAGACAGAACGAUCUCAAAGGUGAUGAAGAAUGAAAAACCUAACAAAAGGUAUGAUGGCUAUACAUCAUGUCCCCUGGUCACAAGCUACAACACCGUGAUCCUGGCGGAGUUUGACUACAAUGGGCAGCCACUGGAAACAUUCCCCAUCGACCAAAGCAAAGAGAGGAGAACCAUGUACUACAUGAAGGCAGAUGUGAUGCCACAUCUGUACUGGCACGGCCUUCUGAAGGGACUGUGGGGAGGACCAGGCCCGUACAGGAAGAUAAUGCACCUGGGUCUGAAAUAGACGGGACACACUGCUGACCUGAGCGCUUCGUCUUCCUGUCUCUCUCCUGUGUGUCGCGGUCACCUGACAAAGCCAAUGUCCGUGCAGGUGACCAGUCCUGAUUUCUUCAGCUUCUUCUCUUCUGUCUGGGUUGGGGAUCAUUUGAGUUUCUGUAACGCAACGUUUAAACCAGGUAGUAGUGUGAAGCAGUGUUCGGGUGUUUUAGAAGUGGAAGUUUGUGGGUCCAUUUCCCAGAUGGGUUACUGCUGAUCUACCCCUGUGCUUAAAUUCACUUAGAUUGUUCUGCUGUAUGAGUGCGAACAAAUGUAAGUCAGUAUGGAUGAAAGCAAAAUAUAUCACAAACAAAAAAAAUAGAAUAGCCUAGUUUCUAACCACAAAUGGCAAACAUAAUUUGCCAUGCACAAAUUGAAAAACAAGGCUAAAGAUGACAUAAUAAAUGUGUGAGGCUAGUGACAUUGCUAAACUGCAAAGCAACAAUGAGCAUUCAAGUGAUUUGGGGGGACAGAGUACUGCUGGCAGUCAGUAUCAGAUGUUACUGAUGAGAGGAAAAGUACUUUUUUCUGUUUUUAUUUUUAAAAAAUGUUUAAUUGUUUGAAAUGUAUAAUAUAUAUAAAUACUGUAUAACGUAAAGAACUGACCAGCUUUCCAAGACUCCAAACUCAUGGCCGUAAUCAGCCAUCAUUACGCCCACAUGCGUUGGCCUGUAUGACUCAGGGUCGCACAGGGUCCAAGAACCAGGUACUGCUGUGUUUGUCUGCUGAUGUAAACAUAUGUGUGUUAAGUGUUUAUACACUGCAUAUGAGUUUGUGAAUAUCUAAUAGAAGACUCACCUGUGUCUAUGCCUCAGUGAUUUCUGUCAGCAUAAAGAAUGUGCAAGUAUGAGAAUGAAUACUGACGUUCAUUUCGAUUAAGAGCCACAUACCUACCUACCUUACUGAAAUAAUGCUUUCAUGUUGAAAUUGUAACACUGGUUGCGUGCUCUGAUUUGUUUGGCUUUCUUCUCAAAGGUAAUUUUACUGUUUCAAAUCUGCACACAAAAUAGAAGCAUUAAUAAACAAAGAAGCCUGUCGAGUUUGUUUGUGGAUCCACUUGGAGAACAUUGCAUAAUAAUUAGUUCUGGAUACAUUGAAAUUGCUUGACAAAACAUUCAGGACUCUAAAUGGGUCAAAUGAAAAUGAUGUCAGGCCAUUCAGAACUAGUCUGUGUCUUCCAUGGGCUCAGUCUUUAAGCACCCUUCAUGCAUGUUGCUCAGCUCCUUGUGUCAGACGCUUGUUAGGUUUGUUUUAGCAAAGAGCAGUGUUUCUCCUCUCCAGCCAAAAUGGUCAAAAGCUUCUUCUGAAACCGGUGAAUCAUCAGGAUGCAAUAUGUCUGGAUUCUACUGGAACAUAACUUCACCCUGCUAGAACCAUUCGACAGCUGGAGGAGGGACGCUGCUCUAGACUUCCUGCCUGAUUGACCUAGUACUGUGCCAUAGCUCCAGGUGACCACUUACAGCCCUCCAGCCCUGGUCCCGGAGAGCCUCGGCCCAGCAGGGUCUGUAGGUCACCGUUAAAUCACCGACUUCUAAAGUCGCUGCACGUUUCCAUUUCACUGACUUAAACUGGUGAUUUGUUAACUUAAGUAAUUUAAAGAUCAUUUACGACUCCAAGUGAGAACCUCUUCAGCCUUCAAGGAUCCCAGUUCUCUUGACUGACCCUUACAAGUGUUGCCAGUCUUUAAGAACAGGUGAUCUCCACGACUAACUGGACUGGGACUCUCCAGGACCAGUGCCGCAUUUCAGAUGUGUUGUUUUAGUGAAGACAAUCUGUUUGGGCAGGACCCUGCCUAUAUAUCCUCAGAUUCUUUUGACCCUAUAGGUUUUGGAAAUGCAUUUUUUUAGUGAUUGCUCUGAUUUUGUGAUUAUGGACCUUUAUUUCUAUGCAACAUUAAUUGGAAGUGCUUUGUGUCAUUUUAACAAUAUGAAUGCAUUUGACUGGUUAAUGGGAUGUGUUGUUAUAUUAUGGGAUGUGUUGUUAUAUUAUUGUUUUAUUUCUGUUUUUUAUACAUUUAUUAAAGACUUGAUUACUUUGUGCCUGGAA